AUGAUUCUUGGAUGGACAACUGCAACUGACAAGGGGUCUGACUUCGAUCCAAUUGCGAAGGUCCUUGGCUUAAAGAUUGACUUGAGCGAGUGCAAGCUUGGACCCAUACGCUUUGCAAACACCGAAAAUCGACAUGACGAACUUGUUGGAACUCUUGGCGACAUCCUUGAUGCUGGGUUCCUUAGCCGAAAAGAUGGUGAGAAGCUUCGAGGCCGCCUACAGUUUGGGGAGCAGCAGAUAUCGGGCAAGAGGGCUGGACUUGCGUACCAGGAGCUGUCUCGUCAUGUGUCCAAAGGGAGUGCAUUGGAGUUCUUGGCUAAUCACGUUGCCAAUUCUCCACCUCGGUGCAUUACUGACCAAUCAUCCUUUACCUGGCACUUGUACGUGGACGCUUCGAACGACGACGAGAAGGGUGGGAUUGGCGGCAUACUUCUAUCUGAGAAUGGUUCAUACAUUGGCCAUUUCAGUGAAUAUCUUGACGAAGCUACCAAAGACAUUCUCAACACUUCUGCUAGCGAGAACCCGAUCUUUGAGCUGGAGUGUCUUGCAAUUUGGUGUGGCAUCUGGACUUGGGCGCGGCUCUUCCAAAAUACCCAGGUGAUCAUCUUCGCUGACAACGAGGGAGCCCUUUACAGCAUGGUGAAUCACAGGAGCACGAAUGACGCCGGGAGUCGAAUCGUCUUGGCCACUCACAACUUGGUUGACGAGCACUUCAUCAACCCUUGGUUUGAGCGCGUCAAUACUUCAUCUAACUUAGCUGAUGAACCCAAAACCGAAUUGGGUGCUCGAGCUGCCAUCGAUUACAAGCGUCUCGCUCAGAUGGCAAUGGGAUCAGGGGUGGAAAGCCACUGGUCGGCAGUGCGUGUGGACGUCCCACUAUACGGUGGGCUCCAGGUGGGGCAUGUCCGGAAUACCCGGCAUGCCGAAUACGCGAAUUCAUCACCCCUUGACUUCCACGAGGGAGUGUAA